CCCCGUAAAUGCUGAUCUGCUUUCCUCAUAACAAACUAAAACAAAGGCCUUGAAUUCAACAUGAAUCUUAUAAUCUUGUAUGUUUUGUUGCAGGUUUUGGCUGAGAUGGUUGGGAGUUUUCUGCUGAUGGUCUGCGUGUGUGGUACCACGGCCAGCGCUGGACUGAUGGGUCUGUUCGACUACGCCGUCGCGGCCGGUUUAACGGUCGGCGUUUUGACGUUCUCCUUCCGCCCCAUUUCCGGUGCUCAUUUCAAUCCUGCCAUCACUCUUGCAUCCGCCAUUUUUUCUCACUUCCCAUGGUCCCUGGUAAUGCCCUACGCAGUGGCACAAACCACAGGCUGUGUGAUGGCUACAUAUGCAGGAAUGUUCAUAUACAACAUCAAGCCACAACAAUUGACCACUCGACCAUUUCAGCCCACAAUUUCUGCAUUCCUCGUUGAGCUUCUCGCAGCCUUCAUUCUCAUGUUCCUCGUUUCUUCCUUGGCCCAUCAUCAACACCAAUCAGUUGGUCAGUUCUCUGGCUUUGUCAUUGGAAUGGCCAUUGGGCUUGCUGUGCUCAUCACAGGGCCCAUUUCUGGUGGAUCAAUGAAUCCAGCAAGAUCGUUAGGGCCGGCAAUUGUUUCAUGGGCUUUCGACGACAUAUGGAUAUACAUUACAGCUCCGGUGAUCGGAGCAGUUUCCGGUGCUUUCUUGUACGGCGUCCUCCGCCUUCGUCCCCCGCGGGCCAAUUCUCCCUCCUCCGCUUCCACAACCAGACUUUUUCCUCGCUCCUCCUCAGCCAAUGCAUGUCUAAUAAUUACUUAGCAAAUUAUCAUUUUGUUUAAGGCUAUAUUUGUAAUUGCAUUGGCUUGACCAAUAACAAAUUAGUUUUUGUUUUAAGAUA